GGCGCUCGCUCCCUGCCGAGCGCUCCUCGCCCGCCCGAGCCAUUGCCAGGGGAUGAGGUGGGAGGCGCUAGAAACCACUUAGCUACAGCCAACCGCCCAAUGCAGCACUCGCUCGCUCCCCCCGCCAGCGGAAGCGCCCGCGGAGCACAAUGCAGCACUGAGCCGCGGUGGAGGCUGCAGCGCCACGGCUGCCGCAGCACCGGCUGGGGCUGGGAGGGGGUGGCCUCGGGGAGCCCGGGGGCGCGGAGCGAGGAGCCGGACUCGCCGGGCCCGGCAUGAGGAGCUGAGCGUCUCGGGCGAGGCGGGCUGACAGCAGCACCAUGCUGGCGGCUGCGGCUGCGUCCGUGCCCUUCUUGCUGCUCUGCGCCCUGGGGACCUGCCCCCCGGCGCGCUGCGGCCAAGCAGGAGACCCCUCAUUGACGGAGCUGGAGAAGAGGAAGGAAAACCGCUUCCUGGAGCGCCAGAGCGUCGUGCCGCUGCGCCUCAUCUACCGCUCGGGCGGCGAAGACGAAACUCGCCACGACGCGCUCGACACGCUGGUGCGUGGCGACCCCGGCGGCCGCAAGUUGACUCACGUUGACCGAGCAAGCUUCCAGGUUGAUGCCUUUGGAACGUCGUUCAUUCUCGAUGUCGUGCUAAAUCAUGAUUUGCUGUCCUCUGAAUACAUAGAGAGACACAUUGAACAUGGAGGCAAGACUGUGGAAGUUAAAGGAGGAGAGCACUGUUACUACCAGGGCCAUAUCCGAGGAAAUCCUGACUCAUUUGUUGCAUUGUCAACAUGCCACGGACUUCAUGGGAUGUUCUAUGACGGGAACCACACAUAUCUCAUUGAGCCAGAAGAAAAUGAUACUACUCAAGAGGAUUUCCAUUUUCAUUCGGUUUACAAAUCCAGACUGUUUGAAUUUCCCUUGGAUGAUCUUCCAUCUGAAUUUCAACAAGUAAACAUUACUCCACCAAAAUUUAUUUUGAAGCCAAGACCAAAAAGGAGUAAACGGCAGCUUCGUCGAUAUCCUCGUAAUGUAGAAGAAGAAACCAAGUACAUUGAACUGAUGAUUGUGAAUGAUCAUCUUAUGUUUAAAAAACAUCGGCUUUCUGUUGUACAUACGAAUACAUAUGCGAAAUCUGUGGUGAACUUGGCAGAUUUAAUAUAUCAAGACCAACUUAAGACCAGGAUAGUAUUGGUUGCCAUGGAAACCUGGGCGACUGACAACAAGUUUGCCAUAUCUGAAAAUCCAAUGAUCACCCUGCGUGAGUUUAUGAAAUACAGGAGGGAUUUUAUCAAAGAGAAAAGUGAUGCAGUUCACCUUUUUUCGGGGAGUCAAUUUGAAAGUAGCCGGAGCGGGGCAGCUUAUAUUGGUGGGAUUUGCUCGUUGCUGAAAGGAGGAGGCGUGAAUGAAUUUGGGAAAACUGAUUUAAUGGCCGUUACACUUGCCCAGUCAUUAGCCCAUAAUAUUGGUAUUAUCUCAGACAAAAGAAAGUUAGCAAGUGGUGAAUGUAAAUGCGAGGAUACGUGGUCCGGGUGCAUAAUGGGAGAUACCGGCUAUUAUCUUCCUAAAAAGUUCACCCAGUGUAGUAUUGAAGAGUAUCAUGACUUUCUGAAUAGUGGAGGUGGUGCCUGCCUUUUCAACAAACCUUCUAAGCUUCUUGAUCCUCCUGAGUGUGGCAAUGGCUUCAUUGAAACUGGAGAGGAGUGUGACUGUGGAACCCCAGCCGAAUGUGUCCUUGAAGGAGCAGAGUGUUGUAAGAAAUGCACCUUGACUCAAGACUCUCAGUGCAGUGAUGGUCUUUGCUGUAAAAAGUGCAAGUUUCAGCCUAUGGGCACUGUGUGCCGAGAAGCAGUAAAUGAUUGUGAUAUUCGUGAAACAUGCUCAGGAAAUUCGAGCCAGUGUGCCCCUAAUAUUCAUAAAAUGGAUGGAUAUUCAUGUGAUGGUGUUCAGGGAAUUUGCUUUGGAGGAAGAUGUAAAACCAGGGAUAGACAAUGCAAAUACAUCUGGGGGCAAAAGGUGACAGCAUCAGACAAAUACUGCUAUGAGAAACUGAAUAUUGAAGGAACAGAGAAGGGUAACUGUGGGAAAGACAAAGACACAUGGAUACAGUGCAACAAACGGGAUGUGCUUUGUGGUUACCUUUUGUGUACCAAUAUUGGUAAUAUCCCAAGGCUUGGAGAACUCGAUGGUGAAAUCACAUCUACUUUAGUUGUGCAGCAAGGAAGAACAUUAAACUGCAGUGGUGGGCAUGUAAAGCUUGAAGAAGAUGUAGAUCUUGGCUAUGUGGAAGAUGGGACACCUUGUGGCCCCCAAAUGAUGUGCUUAGAACACAGGUGUCUUCCGGUGGCUUCUUUCAACUUUAGCACUUGCUUGAGCAGUAAAGAAGGCACUAUUUGCUCAGGAAAUGGAGUUUGCAGUAAUGAGCUGAAGUGUGUUUGUAACAGACACUGGAUAGGUUCUGACUGCAACACUUACUUCCCUCAUAAUGAUGAUGCAAAGACUGGUAUCACUCUGUCUGGCAAUGGUGUUGCUGGCACCAAUAUCAUAAUAGGCAUAAUUGCUGGCACCAUUUUAGUGCUGGCCCUCAUAUUAGGAAUAACUGCAUGGGGUUAUAAAAACUAUCGAGAACAGAGACAGUUACCCCAGGGAGAUUAUGUAAAAAAGCCUGGAGAUGGUGACUCUUUUUAUAGCGACAUUCCUCCCGGAGUCAGCACAAACUCAGCAUCUAGUUCUAAGAAGAGGUCAAAUGGGCUCUCUCAUUCUUGGAGUGAAAGGAUUCCAGACACAAAACAUAUUUCAGACAUCUGUGAAAAUGGGCGACCUCGAAGUAACUCUUGGCAAGGUAACCUGGGAGGCAACAAAAAGAAAAUCAGAGGCAAAAGAUUUAGACCUCGGUCUAAUUCAACUGAGAGGGAGCCCCAAGCACCUGAGCCUGGGCACUCCCUCGCCCAGACAGUCCCAUCCCAAGGCAUAAGCCCAGGGGGCUCUGAAAGCCCCCAGACAGGGAGUCUGGAUCACAGGACUUUAUCUCCUGCCAAGUCUCCUUCUUCAUCAACUGGGUCUAUUGCCUCCAGUAGAAAAUACCCUUACCCAAUGCCUCCACUUCCUGAUGAGGAGAAGAAAGUGAACCGACAAAGUGCCAGGCUAUGGGAGACAUCCAUUUAAGAUCAUCUGUUUACAUGUGAUACAUCGAAACUGUUUACUUCAACUUUUAUAGAAUCCCAGGCUCAUGGAAUCAUUAAAAGUCUAUCUGCUCUUCAGACUAUAUGAAGACCCUCUGAGAUGCUACAGAGGAGAGGAAGUCAAGUCUCACAUCUGGUUACCAUUUUCUUUUUGUCAUUGGCUUGGAUUUAACUGAACCAUGAAAAGAACUACUGAAAUGUUACACUAUAACAUGGAACAAUAAAGGUACUGGUAUGUUAAUGGAUAAUCCGCAUGACAGAUAAUAUGUAGAAAUAUUCAUUAAAUUAACUCACAUGACCCAAAAUGUAGCAAGUUUCCUAAGGGACAAUAGUGGAUUCAGAACUCGACGUUCUGAAGCACAUCCUCAUUGUAAACAGUAAUGCUAUAUGCAUGAAGCUUCUGUUUAUUGUUUUCUAUAUUUAAGGAAACAACAUCCCAUAAUAGAAACAAGCAUGCAGGGCUAAGGCAUAUAGGAUUUUUCUGCAGGACUUUAAAGCUUUGAGAGACUAAUAUCCCAUAGGCUAACUUUAAACAAGUAUUUUUAUUUUUGUUUUGUUUUUUACUUUUCAUAUUUAUAUUAGCAUACAAGGACAAUUGUAUAUAUGUAACAUUUUUUAAAAUUUUAAAAAAGCAGCUGUUACACACAAGUGUAUUUUGCCAAAUGCCUAAAAAUUCAGUCACAAUCACAUCAUCAUCAUCUAUUCAGUGAUCUUCAAUGACUAUAAGCAGGUGAUGUAAAUACAGUGGUCAAUACUGUAAAUGUGUCUCUCCAUAAUUGGUAUUUGUCCAAAACAUGAGAUCACACUUCCUUGAUGACAGCGGUUUUCUGUCAUGCUGCCUUUAAACUGUGCACAGUCUGGAGGCAGUUAAGUAAUCGAGUGAGAGAAUAAAAUGUCCAGCAAAACCUUCUGGCCUCCACUGUUUGCUGACGCAGGAGCUCACUCUGCUGCCGAUGGGCUGCUCCCUGGAAAUCAUCCGUCCCAUCCAUCCCUCCCAUGUCAUCCCAGUGAGCCAGUCCCUCAGCAGUGUGUCCUGCUGAGAUUAAGCAAGUGCACCAAAGACACAUGAGACCACAUACUGCCAGUGAGCUGGUAGCUUCUGACUUGCCAAUACUCUAACUCUGUGGCCUGAAGUUUUGUUCCUUCACAAAACGUUAGUCACUCUUAUCUGUGAAAUGAAUGACUUGUUUUAACAAAAACAACUCUGACACUGUUGAUUAAGGAUAUUUGUCAUCACUGGAAUGUGAGUCCCAACAAGUCAUUCUGUACUGAUUGAAGCAAGAUGACAGAAUAUUCUACUGUCUGAGCUGGGCCACCUCACUGUUCAUAAAGGGUUAAAUUAGAUCUAAACCACAGAAAUGCAGCAACUGAGAAGCUACUCUAACAGCUGGCAGGGGAAAGAAUCUGAUGCUUUGAACCAUAUAUUUUUUAAUCCAUGGGAAAAUAAGAGUCUAUGUUGAAAGCCCCUUCUUUAAAACCAAAGUUUGAUAGCUGUUACAAUGCAGAUCUGUCAUUCCAAAACAAAGCUAGCUACCCUAAUGAGGCUGAAAGUUGAUGCGUUCAGUCACAUGGUCUGCUCUGAAGUAUACGUCUGAUUUCCUCAUUUUCUGUGUGUUCUUGAGAGGAAUAGAAUCUGCAGACAGGAUUUCAGAAAAACUCUCUAAAUUUGAUCCUCUCCUAUAGUAUCCAUGGACAAAAUCCAUCUCAUCUUUGUAUGUAAUCGAACUGAUUACAUAUGAUUACAUAUGAUGCCCAAACUGAAGGCCUGAGUUAGAAGGCAGCAUUUAUACUGUGUGUCCGUGUCUUCCAUAAUGGGCCUCUCCUCUAAAAGUCUUUGAAAUGUUUGGAAAGCAAUGUAACGAUCCAAAAUUACAUAUUGUAAAACAGCAUUUUUCAUUACAGGAAGUUUUGGGUGAGUGUUGGGUAGUGUUGCCACAUAGCUCAAGCAAAGGACAGAAGGGCAGACAGAUUGAAAGAUGUAGCAAAUAAAGUGAUUUUUUACCAAGAUCACUGUAACAUGCACUGAAUGUUUCUUGGUAUUGAGUGUAUAAAAGGCUAAUGCUAUAAGGUUUAUUUUGACUAUAAAAGAGUUUAUAGAUUUGAAAGGUGCCUCAUGUAAAUAUGCUUCCUAGUUACAGUUACACAAGCUCUAAUUUGAAAGAAUCCACAAAUGGCUAGCUGAGAAGUCAACACAUCUCUGUCUAUCAUCCAUCCAUCUGUCUUCCCUCACCUAAGUUAUUCUUACAUGAAGUUAUUAUUUCUAUUGAAGAUCAUUAUCAUGUGCCUUUUCAGAGACAUGGUUGCUCUGGAGGCAUAUCAUUUGUAAUCACCCUCCUUGGUAAUAACCUUCCAGUGAAACAGAAUGAAACUUUUUCUAUUUGUAGAGAUUAUGAUUUUAGGUAUACAGUAACUUUAAUGUUCUAUUUUUGGAAUCUAUUCUAUCUCCCAUGUUUAAACAGUUCUCAGAGCCAUUUGUGGGAUUCACUGAUAAAUUUAUAGUCUCAAGGGAUAGUUUCAAGAAGUAUCUAUAUCUGUACUCAUGGUUGGGGUUCUAGAGGCAUUACAUCUAAAUAUUUAUGACUUUUCAUCCAAUGAGGUAGGUAGGAUGUGAACCCGUAGCAUUAAAUAUACAAGCACAGCAUCGUUUCUUUUUAAAUAUCUAUUUUGGAGGAAACUUUGAGGUCAUGUAACAGUUUAUAUCAUGUAACUAAUAUUUAUAUUUCCCAGUCCACUACAGAAUCAUUGCUAAGCAGAAGAGAGCAGUUAUUUGACCUUUGCGUUCCAUUGUAUGCCUUUUCCCCCUCUUUCUAAGGUUUUAUGCAUUGAUGAUUACAGACUGGCACCCUGCUCCCUGAGAUGUUCCAUUUAUUCAUAGUCAUUGCAGUGCAGUAAACCCUGAUUUAAAGGAACAUUUAAAUCAGUAAGUGACACUCCAGUAAGUGUCAAUAGGAAGGUGCGGGAUAGCAGGGAGUCCUUAAGGAUGGACUAGCCACAUGAACUGUCCUCUGCAUCCAGCCACUUUUUAUUUACAUGGGAAGUGGCAUGGUCCUCUGAACUCUGCAGGCUGGAAAUGAUCCCCAGGGCACAUGCAAUCUGUGGAAAGGAAUAAAUCAGUACUUCUCAGACAGUGCAACAUGGUGAGGGCUUUCAAUUUGCUGUGGUUGCUGUAUUUUUAACAAGAAACCAGGAGUCUCGAUUAGUAAUUACCUAUCAUUAGAGUUGUUCCUUUAAAAAAUGGCAAAUAAAGCAAAUGUGGAUUUAAAAUGCCAACUUAUUUUUCACUUUGAUAUUGGUGCUUUAUUAAGUGAUGCCACAGUUUCUCUCUCGUCCGUCUUGCUUUAAAAAGGAUUUUACCGUUGUGUUUGUAUAUAAGGUCAGUCCAGCAUAGAAUUUCUGAAAGUAACAUUAAUAGGGUUUCUAAAGGAGUUGUCAGAAAGAUAAAAUUGGAUAUUCUGUGCACUUUCAGAGAAUGACUAUUUAUGUUUAAAUUUCAUGGCAGGCUUACAUUUCUUUUCUGUGAUUCUCUUGCUUAUCUGUAUAAUUUAAUCCUAUGUAUUGUCCCAGAUCUCUUGUGGCUACUUUACCUGUUAUCUUUUUUGGGAUUUUGUUCUUUAUGUUUUACAGUUACCUUUGGACCAGAAGAUAUAUAGUAUUUCCAUUCACUUUUUUUCAGUGUUUUAAAAUCAGGUUUGUUUGUUAUUCAUUAUAUCCAUUCAUUUCCUAUUGUCAUGUAGUUCUAUUUUAACCAUAUAUAUAUAUAACUUUAAAUAUUUCCUUAUGUUAUUCAACAUGAUAAUAAAUCCUUAUCUAAAGAAAAGACUAUUUUACUUUAUUUUAUUUAAAGGAAAGGGAAUUUAUUGACAGGAUAUUGAGUAGCUUGUAGAGUAUAUGGGAAGAGGAGAGCCAAGUUUACAACUGGCAGGAGUGAGAGGGACGAGACAGCUGCUGGCACAGUGUGAUGGGACACAUCUGGCUGCUGCCACUGAAUGCCCACAUGGGCAGCAUAUUGUAAAUAUCACCCUACCAGUUGGUAAGUUGGCAUGAAUUUUCCAUGAAAUGCUCUGAAUCACAUUUGCAGCAUCAUAUCUACUUUUUAUGUUCUUAAUUAUAUUUUUCCUUUCAUAUUUAUGUUUUUUUCCCUAAAACGCCACCUAAAUACCUUUCCACGCCAUUAAGUGUGUGGAGUCAAGAUAAAUUUCUCAUUCUUGCUGAUAUAGUUUAAGAUGUGUAAGAAGCAAACAUUUCUAUGGAAUAGGGAUUAAUUUGGGGCUCAAAUGUUUUUUUGUUUUUGUUUUUCCUCGAGAUGUUUUUUGAAUGGUUAAGGCUACUCUGGUUUUGGAUGCAGCAACUUUUCUCCUGGCAUGGAAGGACUGUGGACUUUUGACAGUUUCCCGUUGAUAGUAUAAUAUAAUGAGGGGCCCAGUCUGCUCUUGUAAAAAUCAGCUGAGCAGCAGCAGUCCAUCCCAACUGUGUGUGAGUAGCCCAGCUGUUAAAAGUACACCUGUUGUGUUGGGAAUUGUUGGCACAUGCUCAUAGCAUAUGCUCUGUGGGGGAGAUGCUUUUAAUUCCAAGAGGAGCUUUUCUACCACAUCUGCAGAUGCAGAGCAAAGAUGCAGCAGGACUUCAGAAAACAGGACAGUGUUUCUACUUUUUAUUCAUUGCUUUGUUAGUCCUUCAGAUGGAACAUCUUCUGGUUGUUUGUAAGCAGAAAAAACAAAACAUUCAAAACCAAAAUCCUGUCUAACUAGUACUUUUAUUCUUUAUUUCCAUGGUCUGACAAACAGUAAGCAUUCUCACAGUGAGAUUUUGCAGGAUGCUUCCGGAACCAUUCUGCUUCCCAGGUAGCUCCCCCUUCAGUAGCUGUGCAGCCCUUUCUUCCUGACUAGGAACUUUCUCUGUUGCAGGUGUCAGUUCCCUUGGCUAAGUUGUCACUUGGGAAAACCCUAAGAUGCCCUAGGGAGUAAAGGUGGCAGUCAUCUUUAUCUUCACCCACUGGCACACUAGCAGCUUAUUCAAUUUAGGAAGUCCAAAGAGUGUGAAUUUCAAGAUGGGGAGGAGAUAAGAAGCAGUGAACUUUGGGAGACUAUGGGGCAUUUAGUCCUGGCAUAGACACAGAUUGGAAAUCCACAGGAAAAUUGCUGAAGCCAUAUGUGCAGGAGAGCACACAUUGUCACAAGGGGUGUGGUGGGAAGAGAGGUGCUGGAUGCCUAAGACAGACAUGCUUGGCAGUUGUGUUGGCUCUGUGAAUACUUUGUGGUCCAGUCCAUAAUAGACUGGUCACUCCCGCCUGACGCAUCCCUGUUGGCGUUGUUCAUAGAACCUGUAUCAUAUGGGGAGGCUUCAAGGCUGGCAGGCGUUUGAUCAGGUAAUCAUCAUUUCAUGUUUUUAAGUAUCCUUGAAAUCAGUACCACCCACUAUGUGUGUUUUUGGUUUUGUUUUACAAAAAGGCAUACAAUGAGACUAAAAUUAAUGCACAUACAGAAUCAUCAAUAAAAUUUCAGAGUUUAUGAAGAAAAGGUAUUUUUCUUUCUUGUAAAAAAAUGUAUAAUAUGCUGAUCUACAUUCAUUUUAGAGCUUAGCCUAUUAUUUUAUGAAUUUUCAGGCUGCGAUUUGUGUUGGAUGGUUAAGCUCUAAAAUGCUGCUAAUAACCCCAAUCUUUAAAUAUAGCGGUGCUAAAUUGUGCAAGGUAACAAUGCAGAAACAGCUGAUAUGAAUUAAUUCUUAGUAAUAAUACAAAAGUUCCUGCUAAACUAUACAUGUGUAUCACUGCCUGAUUAGAAACCCCACUUUUCUUUUCCAAUCCAGCACAAAAUCAAACUCUGAUUCUACAACCAGUCUUUUUAAAGGGCAAAAAUGACCCAACACCUUUGUUUUGUAUAGAAAAACUUUUUUUUUUUUUACACUAACUGCAAAAGUGCUUAAAAAAUGGUUUAUUCAGGAUAACUAAGCAUGCACUCCUUUUUUAACUUGCUGGAAGACUUGCCCCUCCCCAGCACCUGCAAAAGACUUCUUUGAGAAACUGGGUGUUUUACCUAAAAAUAGUAGCUUACAUGUUAGCCAGCAGUAGGUCAGCACUAGUGUUUUCCACGUUUAUCACCUUUGACAGGUGAAGUCCAUCUACAGAUGGUGGAAGCCACCCCAUGGGGAGCUGUUAAUAGCAGCAUGGUUUCACCUUUGGUAAUCAGGUAAUCGUGUAUAUACUUAGAUUGCAUUAUUUCAACAUUUCUCUGCUACUCUGCACUUCAGAUUCGUUAAGCUAUUUUAAUAAUUCCUGGGGUUCUGGCAAACACCAAUGGGAAUGUAUAUGGCAACUGCUUUUCUGAGCAAGUGUGAUUUGUUUUAUGGCUGUUCAAGUUAUAAAAUUGUUCUUACAUUGUAGGUAAACAAAAUCUUGAUGUUUUUAAAGGUCACUGUAACUUAAGGUUCAAAUUUCUGGCACAGUUUUAUUAGUAUUCACUUCUGAAGCUAAUAAGAUACCACAGUUUUCUAUGUUACUCUCAUUGUAACAUCAGUAAAGUGACUUUCAAUAAAAGAUUUAUGUUAUUUUGA